AUCAAUCAACUACCAGCAUGGCUACCUCUGAUCCCACCGCCAAGAAGGCCUCCGAUGCCACCUCGGGCAUCUCGCCCCAGAAGAAGAUCGACGGCGUGCUCGACCUGAUCUCGCACCACAAGACGGGCAUGCUGACCAGCCGCGCGCCUGACGGAAAGUUGGCCAGCCGAGCCAUGAUUCCCGCCACGACCGAGGGUCUCGUCUUUAGCUUCUUCUUCAACAUUGAGUCGGGCAAGACGUCGGACCUCGAGUCGUCGCCCGAAGUCAACAUUGCCUACCUGGACCCAAAGACGGGCGACUGGGCCUCGAUCUCGGGCAAGGCCGUCAUCAACCAGGACAAGACAAAGGUCAAGAAGCACUGGAGCAGCGCGCUCAAGGCCUGGUUUGACGACAAGAAGGACGGAAAGCACACGGGCGAUGAAAAUGACCCCCGGGUCGCCCUCAUCGACGUGCACCCCGAGGAGAUCCGCUUCUUCAAGGCUGACGGCAAGCUCCAGUUCCUCUACGAGACGGCCAAGGCUGCUGUGUCUGGCGAGGCAGCCAGCGGCGGAAAGCUGCUCGUCAUCACCGAGGACGAGCUGAAGCUGGCCGGAAAGGUUGCCAAGUCUUGAUAGAAAACAAAAACAAAUGUCAAUUUGAUCAAGUGAAAAGGCGCUUUUU